AAAUGCAUUCACAUUUUUUGCCAUAUGCCCUCACGUAUAGACAAUUCUGUCCACACGGUUACCCACCCCGUAAUAAAGGUCAAGUAUAAGGGUAUUUUGGUAAAAGUGUAUUCCCCUUUGCUUUGCCUAUAUAAAUCCUCGUCCCCCUUCUCGUCUCUCUUCAUCGGUUCCUUUUCAAACGCAGCGUAGACUUUUGCAGAACAAAACAGAUUCUUGUUAGAUUCUCAAUGGCCGAAGAAGGGCAAGUGAUUGGGAUUCACAGCGUUGAGGAAUUCGACGCGCUCGUACUUAAAGGAAAGGAAACGGGUAAACUGAUUGUGGUGGAUUUCACUGCUUCCUGGUGUCCACCAUGCCGUUUCAUUGCUCCAGUAUUCGCAGAGUUGGCUAAGACGUACCCCCAUGUCAUUUUCCUGAAAGUGGACGUUGAUGAAGUUCAACCAAUUGCUGCGAGGUUCAAAGUUGAAGCAAUGCCGACCUUUGCUUUCGUGAAAGAUGGUGAGGAAGUUAGCGUUCGCAGGAUCGUCGGUGCUGACAAAGUGGGGCUGGGGAGGAACGUAUCUGAGUUGUGCGGUCCAGUUCCAUCAACUUCUGUUGCAUAAAUGGUCAGCUUGGAAGCUCAUUCUGCCUCUUAUUGUUAUGGUGUAUUGUUGAUGAUUCUGAUUUCGAGUUUUUUCAUGGAUUUCAUGACAAUAUGUUUGAGAUGUGUACUUGUUUAAUGAAUGUUUGUAGAAUAAUAAAUGUAUAAUAAGAUUUAAUAUAUAAAUUAGCUGUUUGAGCUUUUGAAUUAA